CAAGCCCCGGAGCAUCCUUCCAAGGUCCUCGUUAUUUAUAACUACAUUCAUACCCAUAGCUGACUAGCUACUAAAUUUCUUCGACGUUCUUUUUCUUCAUUUUAUUGUUGUUAUCGCUGACACUAAUACUAAUACUUUAUCUAUCUAGGCUAUCAUCCAUAUAUUUCGUCUUUUACUUACAUCUCCUGAAUACCUAGAUAUUACUAAAAAAACUACUAUCAAAAUGGUUGGUCUUGGUCCUCGAAAGCCACCAUCCCGAAAGGGAUCUAUGGCCGAUGUGCCAAAAGAUCUUCUAGCCGAAAUUAAGAAGUUAGAAGAUCAAUUCACUGUUGGUACCGAUAAGCUUAAGGAAAUCACCAAGCAUUUCGUAUCCGAGCUUGAGAAGGGUUUGAGUGUUGAAGGGGGUAGUAUCCCUAUGAACCCUACUUGGGUUAUGGACUUCCCGGAUGGAUCCGAGACAGGAACUUAUCUGGCUCUGGAUAUGGGCGGUACUAACCUACGUGUUUGUGAGAUUACUCUGACGGAUAACAAGUCUGAGUUCGACAUCAUCCAGUCCAAAUACCGUAUGCCUGAGGAGCUUAAGACCGGGGAGUCUGAGGAACUUUGGGAAUACAUUGCCGACUGCUUGAAGCAGUUUAUCGAGACCCAUCACGGUGAACUUCCCGCAUCACAAGGGAAAAUCCCGCUAGGUUUUACCUUCUCGUACCCGGCUACUCAGAACUAUAUCGACGAGGGUGUUCUCCAACGAUGGACCAAGGGUUUCGACAUCAACGGCGUUGAAGGCCGUAACGUUGUGCCACUACUAGAAGCUGCGCUGGACCAACAGGGAGUUCCUAUCAAAGUUUCGGCUUUGAUCAACGACACCACUGGUACACUUAUUGCAUCUGCCUAUACCGACCCCAAGAUGGCUAUUGGAUGUAUUUUCGGAACGGGUUGCAAUGCGGCUUACAUGGAAAACUGCGGCUCUAUCCCCAAGCUGGCCCACAUGAACCUAGACCCGAGUCUUCCAAUGGCGAUUAAUUGCGAGUGGGGUGCUUUUGACAAUGAACACAAAGUCCUCCCGCGAACUCCUUAUGAUAUCGUUAUUGACAAAGAAUCACCUCGACCAGGCCAGCAAGCUUUCGAAAAGUGCAUUGCUGGUCUUUACCUCGGCGAGAUUUUCCGUUUGAUUUUGGUAGAUUUGCAUGAUAACAAGGACGUUCACAUUUUCGAGGGACAAGACAUCAAAUACCUUCGAAAGGCUUACACUCUUGAUUCAUCCUUCCUCUCAGCCAUUGAGGACGAUCCCUUUGAGAACUUGCAAGAAACUGCGGAUCUAUUCCAAGACAAGCUCCGCUUAGCUUGCACUCGUCCCGAGCUUGAAUUGAUCCGCCGAGCGGCCGAACUGAUCGGCACACGUGCGGCUCGUCUUUCGGCAUGUGGAGUUGCUGCUAUUUGCACCAAGAAGAACCUGCAACCGUGCCACGUGGGUGCUGACGGUUCCGUCUUCAACAAGUACCCACAUUUCAAGGCCCGAGGUGCCCAAGCCCUCCGAGAGAUUCUCGAUUGGCCGGCUAAGAAGACUAUAAGGGAGGAGGACCCUGUUGAGAUCCUCGCUGCCGAAGAUGGAAGUGGUGUUGGUGCUGCAGUUAUUGCUGCUCUUACGCUGAAGAGAGUGCAGAAAGGCAACAUUGCCGGUAUCCUACACCCCGAAAACUUCAAAUAAAUAGAGGUGGAUUGAAGACACGGUGUGGCUCAUCUGCAGAUAAAAAGGAAGCAACAGCAAUGUCCCCUUAGAAGGAUAGACAUAGAAAAAGACCGACCGAACGCGUCAGAAAAGUAAUUGGGGCCUGGUUAUAGGACUAGAAUUAAGAUGCGAUAUGGAUUUAUCCCAUAAGGGUACAAGUCGGGAGUCGAUAUUCUGUCAUGGGUUAGCUUGCUAUCAAGAAAAAAAAAAGUUGGAAGAAAAAUCGUGAUUGA